AAAAACUAAAAAGAGAUGGUUGAUUCCAUUCAUCACCUCAACUCUGGAUGUGUGACCUCGUUAAGACGAUACCUAUCAAAGACAGCGUGCCUUGGCUAGUGGCUUCAGCUAAAAUCAAGCAUGCCAAGCAAACUUAAAUGUCCCGAACACUUUCGUAAAAACACAUCACACAAACACAUAUUCAUGAUAUCCGUAAAUCCUCUUUCCCGCCAUUUUUCAAAUGCCAGACCGCUACAAACUCUAAUUUCAUCAAUCCAUAGCUAUGGCCCAGAGACCAUCCAGCAAAGCACGCCUCUCACGGACGAAUUAUGCGGGCAGAUGUUAGACAAAAACCCAGAUAUCAGAACAUUGAAAAAACUCCAUUCCAAGCUCGUCGUCGACCCAUGUUCGGAAUCAAAGCAAUGGCUUGGCAUCAAACUGAUGAGAGCUUAUACUGCUUGCGGUGAACCCAGAAUGACGCGCCACGUAUUUGAUGAAAUUCCUGACAAGAGUGUUGUGUUCUUCAAUGUCAUGAUUAGAAGCUAUGUGAGUAAUCAUUUGUAUGUUGAAGCUCUUCUCGUUUGCAGAAGUAUGGCUGACCAUGGGAUUUGCUUCGAUAAUUAUACGUUCCCUAGUGUACUGAAAGCCUGUUCUGGGUCUAACAAUUUGUGGGUCGGAUUGCAAAUUCAUGCUGCAGUCGUGAAAGUUGGGCUUGACUCGAAUUUGUUUAAUGGGAACAGCCUGGUCGCCAUGUAUGGGAAAUGCGGUUGUUUGGUAGAGGCUCGCCGAGUUCUAGAUGGAUUGCCUAGCAGAGAUGUGAUUUCUUGGAAUUCAUUGGUUGCUGGGUAUGCGCAGAAUGGGAGGUUUAAUGAUGCAUUAGAGGUCUGUAGGGAGAUGGAGUUAUUAAGGCUUAUACCGGAUGCUGGCACAAUGGCUAGCCUCUUGCCGGCCAUCACAAAUACUUCUGUGGAGAAUGUUUCAUUCGUCCGUGAGAUGUUUUGGAAGUUGGCAAAUAAGAGUUUGGUUUCAUGGAAUGUGAUGAUAGCAGUGUAUGUGAAUAAUUCAAUGCCUGCAGAAGCUGUUGAUCUUUAUUCCCGAAUGGAAGCUCAAGGAAUAGACCCCGAUGCAGUCACUCUUUCGAGUGUUCUUCCUGCCUGUGGGGAUCUUUCAGCUCUGUUAUUAGGUAGAAAGAUUCAUAAAUAUGUUGGCGUGAAGCGGCUUCGGCCAAACCUAUUGUUGGAGAAUGCCUUGGUUGAUAUGUAUGCAAAGUGUGGAUGUUUGUGGGAUGCAAGGGAAGUAUUUGAUCAAAUGCAACUCCGGGAUGUAGCAUCAUGGACUUCAAUUAUCUGUGCUUAUGGUAUGAGUGGGCAAGGCCGUGAUGCUGUAGCUCUAUUUUCGAAAAUGCAAGAAUCGGGUCUGAGUCCAGAUUCUAUUGCUUUUGUUUCAGUUCUCUCUGCUUGUAGCCAUGCGGGUUUAUUGGAUGAGGGGCGAUAUUUCUUUAAGCUAAUGAAUGAGUAUAAGAUUGUUCCAAGAAUUGAACACUUCGCUUGCAUGGUCGAUCUGUUAGGACGUGCUGGGCAAGUAGAUGAGGCCUAUGGAUUCAUCAAAACGAUGCCAAUGGAGCCUAAUGAACGGGUUUGGGGAGCCUUGUUAAGUGCAUGUCGGGUUUACACUAACAUGACUAUUGGGCUGCUUGCUGCUGAUAAUCUUUUCCAGUUGGUUCCUGAGCAGUCAGGUUAUUAUGUUUUGUUAUCCAACAUUUAUGCAAGGGCUGGUAGAUGGGAAGAAGUAACAACUGUCAGAACAAUAAUGAAAAAGAGGGGAAUCAAGAAAAUGCCUGGCAUUAGCAAUGUUGAGCUGGAUGGUCAUGUUCACACUUUUCUUGCUGGUGACCGAUCACAUCCACAGUCUGCAGAGAUCUAUGAUGAGUUGGAUGUAUUAGUAGGAAAGAUGAAAGAGGCAGGUUAUGUCCCAGAGACAGAUUCUGCCCUUCAUGAUGUUGAGGAGGAGGAUAAGGAAUACCAUCUUGCAGUUCACAGUGAGAAGUUGGCUAUUGUUUUUGCCAUCUUAAACACUGGGCCUGGGAUGCCAAUUAGGGUUACCAAGAAUCUUCGUGUUUGUGGGGAUUGUCAUAUCGCUGCCAAGCUCAUCUCCAGGAUUGCUGAGCGUGAAAUUAUAGUCAGGGACACUAACCGUUUCCACCAUUUCCGGAAUGGUGUUUGCUCCUGUGGUGAUUAUUGGUGAGCCAUUUGGAAACACACACUGCUUGCAACAGCUUAUUGUACUUAAACCAGCUCUUUUAGGGCUUUUCGAGUUGCAUUUCCAAUCCUCAGUCUCUUUGCUGCUCGCUGCCCACAGUUUGCCUUGACUAAGGCCUCAGAUCCACCUUCAUAAUGAUUUUACUUCAGUUCGGAUUACAAUGAUUUAAUUGUCAGGAUCUGGAUCUGCGCUGCAUUAAUAUUAUGUGGAGAUGGAGAGAGAAAUAGUCCAUUGAAAAUAUUCAAGCUGUUCUCCUUUGAGACUUCCAUAAUUGCAUUCGGAUAGAGCUCCUAUUGAAACUUUGAAUUUCUACCCAGAACCAGAUCAUCUUGGCAGGUAUUUUUCCAGGUAAUGUUCCUUGGGUAGUGUUUGGGAUGAAUUUCAGGGCUCGGAUUUGGAAGAAAGUUGAUAUAAUUUUGUACUAUUACUCAAAUUGGCACCAAUCCAUAUCGCCAAGUUCCCAAUUCCAUGUUUUCAAAUGUAGAGUUAGUAUUUUUCAUUAUUUAAAUGCAAAAAAACCCAUUAUGGAGCUUAGAUAUCUUUAUGCUAAAU